GACUCUUUCCUUCCUGCUCGCCGUCUUCAAGAUAUCGAGUCAUUUAACUUCUGCCCAAUACGUCACCGGGGUUUGGCAUCUUUAACACUCAGCGGCCAAGCAAGUCCUCCGUCAGCGCAGGGAUAUCGACAGACUGAGGUUGAGGACUCACAUGGGCAGGAUGUAUAGACGAUAAAGAUAUCAGCUUCUGAGGUAAGGUACACGUUGAUUUCGUAAUGACAAGCUGCUGUGCAGAAGAUGUCCACGCUGUCUGUGACUGAUAUCCCAGAUGUUGGUCAUGAUGAAAGUAAGGUGUUUGACGGGGCCUCUGAGCUGCAGCUGGACUGCAUGGUUGAGGAGAGCAGUGGAAGCACCACAAUGAAGCACGACGGCCUGCUGUCGCUGGCUGACCUCUCCCAGCCAGAUGACUUCCCCGUCCCCCCCCAUAACGGCCCUUCACUAAGUGACAUGAGCAGCCCUCUGCCGGUGGAGCCGAGCGACAUUAAGCUGGAUCCAUCUGCAGGCGACUCAUCUGCCAGCACAGAUGGUCAGCCAGUGAAGAGAAAGAAAGGACCUGCGCCGAAGAUGCUGGGCAAUGAGGUGUGCAGCGUGUGUGGUGACAAGGCCUCCGGUUUCCAUUACAACGUGUUGAGCUGCGAGGGCUGCAAGGGCUUCUUUCGCCGCAGCGUCAUCAAAAGUGCCCAGUACAACUGCAAGAACAACGGCCGCUGUGAAAUGGACAUGUACAUGCGGCGCAAGUGCCAGCAGUGCCGCCUGCGCAAGUGUCGGGAGGCGGGCAUGCUGGAGCAGUGUGUGCUCUCUGAGGAGCAAAUCAGACUGAAGAAGAUGAAGAAGCAGCAGGAGGAGGAAACGGCCCGCACGUCCGCGGUGGUCACGCCCACCCCUCCACAGGAAGCAGCCGCACUGGACCCACAGCAGCAGGACAUGAUUGAGAAGCUGGUGGCCAUGCAGAAGCAGUGCAACAAGAGGUCCUUUCUUGACCGACCGAAAGUGACGCCGUGGCCACAGAGUCAGGACCCACAGAACCGAGAAGUACGUCAGCAGCGGUUCGCCCACUUCACUGAGCUGGCGAUCAUGUCGGUCCAGGAGAUUGUGGAUUUUGCGAAGCAGCUUCCUGGUUUUCUGGAGCUCACGAGGGAGGAUCAGAUCGCUCUAUUAAAGACGUCCACCAUUGAGAUUAUGCUGCUGGAGACAUCUCGACGGUACAACCCCGCUAUCGAUAGCAUCACAUUUCUUAAGGAUUUCAGUUAUAAUAAGGAGGAUUUCGCCAAAGCAGGGCUUCAGUUUGAGUUCAUCAACCCCAUCUUUGAGUUUUCGAAAGGAAUGAACGACCUGCAUCUGGACGAGGCAGAAUAUGCCCUGCUCAUUGCCAUCAACAUCUUUUCUGCAGACCGGCCAAAUGUGCAGGAUCACGAUCUGGUGGAGAGGUUGCAGCAGCCCUACGUGGACGCACUGCGCUCUUACAUCAUGAUAAAGAGACCAAAUGAUCAUUUGAUGUUUCCCCGCAUGCUGAUGAAGCUGGUGAGCCUCCGUACUUUAAGCAGCGUCCACUCUGAGCAGGUUUUCGCCCUCCGCCUCCAGGACAAGAAGCUUCCCCCGCUGCUCUCUGAAAUUUGGGAUGUGAAUGAGUGACUGCAGACCUGAUGUCACACUCUUUUUGAAGCCUGAGACGGACACGGCACCCAGCAGGAACACUGACUCAUUCCUGCCCAUCUGGUCAGGGAUUAGUGAGAUUUUCGUCUUUCGUGGGAGGAGAGCAUCGUCGCCCUUUGCUCUCAGACGGACCGCUAAACAGUUUGUGUUGACAAGAAGAAACAUGAACGAGUAGUUGUCUUUGAGCCUUUUGUUGUUCUUACUUUUCUGUAGAUGCUGACGUGGUUAUGGCGAUAUUAAAUACCAGCAUCAGGCUCUUUCGCCAGUUUUCUUUGAUUUAAUAUUUGUUGAAAGUUAUGUCAGUUUAUAGUGCAGUUCUAUACUCAUCCUCUAACCAAUAGAAUCUGAGCAGGUCUUGGCUGUGUCUGCUUCAAACAUCAGGAGCUACAGUUGAAACAGUGAAUUAUUUUUUUGCAGUCGUGCAAUAGGUGGAAACGGAUACAGAGUUAAGCAUGAGCAGACGCGUAUCUGCUGUUCACUUUAUUGAUGUUAGGGUAAAACGGUAGGCCAUCGGGCUUGUGACAUGGUGACAGGUAGUUUGUGUUUGUUUUGGAGAAAGUGCAGAAAUCACAAGGUCGGUGUAGUCGCUCAGGUAAAGUAAUGUGAAGUAGACCUCCUGAAAUUGGAGGCUUCUUUAAUUUCCAGUAGAUUUCUUCCAAGUGCAUAAGGGACCCUUUUGGUCAUUUCUAGAUGCCCAUUAACUUUCAUGUAAAUUGUGUAUUUAUUUUCACAAAUGUAUAGAGAGUGCACACAUGAAAAGUAUCCACGAGAUUGUACAAUCACAUACUAACGCAAAGUAAAACUCUGCAGGCUGUGCCCUCAUUAAAGGGAUGGUUUGGAUUUUUGGGGUUGUACGGGAAACGUAUCCAUUGACAGUGUUUUAGUUACAGUCGAUUUCAGUCGGCACGCCUCCAAUUUGGAGAAGCAGGUUGGAGUCCGACAAAAAAAACUAAGAAACGUGCUGCUGUGGACGGGG